CUAAAACAAAGAAACAAAACACGUUAAAACUCUUACUACUGAUUGUAUUCACCUCACUAAAUAUGAAGUUUAACGAUCUUUUUAUUUGAGGAGAAUGUGGUAUAGUAGAUAAAUAAUAAGUAAACAUUACUUUUUUUAAAUAUAAGUGGAAUGAUAUGGCUUUAUAAAACCUAAUCUUCUUGUCACUUUAUUCUAAUCUGCUAUUCUACAUUAGUGAUAUAUCCCUUUUAUAUAUCCUACUUGAUACUACAUCUAAUCAAACUUUGUGUGUUAAUAUUACCUACAUACCAUUUCCCAUUCAUUUCCGUUAGGCUAAGCCAAUUUUUAAGAACUAAAACAAAAAAAAUUUUUUUUUUUCCUCGUAACUUUUUCAACUCAAAAUCAAAAUUAUUUAUUACUGUUCAAGACAUAUUAUCAAUCGUUCUUUUUAUCUUAAUCCUGUUUAGAUCUCGUUAUCAUCACAUUCAUUUAUUCAUCGAUUCAUCAUGAAGGAAGGAAUCUUAACCCAUUCGAAUGGUAAUCCUACCAAACUUCAAAAUCCAAUUUCAAAAUGGUCUUCAUAUCGUACUAUAAUAUUCGUACCUAUAAUAAUCAUAGGUUUAUUUUCAACAUUCAUCUAUUCUUAUCAUAAUUCAAAUCCAAUCCAUUUAUGUUAUCUUCAUAGUGAAUUAGAAACUACUUCCACUUCUGAAAGUUCAUAUAUAUCUAAUAAUAGUUCAGUAUCUUCUUUAUCUCAACCUCUGAUAACUUCUAUAUUAGAAAAAGUGGAUGACAAAGUGGCCAUUGAAAAGAGGUAUACUUUUACUUCCUAUUAUUAUAGUGAUAAUCAAUUAUUCACUACUGUUGUUACUAAUAAUACUUCUAAUGGAAAUGGUAACGGUAAUGGAAAUGGUAACGGUAAUGGAAAUGGUAAUGGAAACGGAAAUGGCAAUGGAAACGGAAAUGGGAACAGUUCACUGAGUUCAUCACUAGUCAGCUCCCUGUCCUCUUUAACUUCAAGUUCAAGUUCUUCUGUCUAUUCAUCCCCAUCAUCAAGCUCGGUUUUCUCAUCACCUGAAACCUCAUCUUCAUCUUCAACCGAACAUAGCACUUCUUAUGAUAUUCCAUCAUCAACUACUUCAUCAACUACUUCCUCUUCUUCUUCAUCCUCCUCCUCCUCAUCUACAGAACAAGCUUCCUCCACUGAUACUACUUCUUCAAGUUCCUCCGAUUCAGAUGUAUCCACUUCUCAUUCAACCACCGAAUUCAGUUCAACUAUAAGUGGUAGAGUCGUGGUUGUAACCAGUACUUCCAUUGUCACCACCACUCCAACUCCAUCAGCUGCUAGUAACUCUGAUAGUCAUAGUAGUUCAGGUGGUUUAUCAAGCACCAACAGAAUCGUUGUCGGUGUAGUUGUCGGUGUUGGUGGUUGUAUUUUAAUUGGUAUAAUCAGUCUUUUAUAUUAUAUCAAAAAGAAGUCAAACAGUCAAUAUCAAGGUGGUUGGACAUUUUGGAAAAAGAGUGAAAAAGAUGAAUUAUUUAACGGUGAAUUGGGAGUUAGAGAUAGAAAUAUUAAUCAAGGUUCUAAUUUUUAGUUCUCCCUUCAAAAUAAUCUAACAAAAUAAUCUUACAAAGUAUGAAUAAAAAUAAAAAUUUUACAAUCCAUAAAACUUCGAGUUACCUAAUAAAAUAACAAAAACCGGAAUCCUACUAACAUUCCAAACUAUCAAAUCUCAAGUUUAAAAUGAUACCCUCUAACUUUCUCCCACCUUGUUUCUUUUACGUUCAAUCAAAAAUAACUUUCUUUUCUUUUCUUUUCUCCCAACCCUUGUUUUUUUGUACUUUUAAUUUA